CAGUGAUUCAAAUCACAUAAAACAUAUUUUCCAUUAAUAGUAACAAGUGAAAACUUCAAGUGAGUCACUGACUGACAUAUAAAACCAAACCCUUGUACACAGUUGUAUUCCGCUACUUGGACUGAAAACUUUCAGAGUAUUUACAGACAAUGAGAGGAGUUGUUCAAAGAGUUAUUUUCUUAAUUGUGUUGGCAUCUGCAAUCAAACCAGAUGUAGCCAAAAAAUGCUCCCACAACGUCUAUUGUAUGACGACUUGCUGUUUAGUAAAGCCCAGUUUAGGAAACGAUGAAAAUGAAGGGAUAUGUGGAAAAUAUCGAAAAGUAGGAGAAGAAUGUCUGAUAAAAAAAAGUAAUGAAAACCUUCCUCCUCCUGGUAAAGAAUGGAUGUGUGAUUGUGAUUUUGGGAUGGUAUGUAAGAGUUAUGAAGAGUUACCAAGUAAUCCUAACCAUAAUCCAAUAACAGGAUAUGAAAGAGGUUUUUGUACAGUCGACGAACCAGGUGAAAUGUAAGAGAAGAAAAUCAUUAUAAUUGUGAACAAGAAAUCGUAAACUAUUAAAGAAACCAUUAAAUAAAUAUAUAAACUUAAAAUUUGC